CCGACUGUUAAUAUUUCACACUAUAUAUUACACUGGCAAUCCCAAUAAGACUGCGUCCAAACGAGGACAUUUGUUGUUCAUUUUUUUUUAAAUUCUCACCUUUCACAAUUUUCUGUAUUUUCUUUCAUAUCACAUUCUCUAAUUCUUGAACGCUUAAUGUACGCGGUGCAAAAAAAUAUUUUUGAUUAGCCAAUUUGUGUCGUUAUUCACCCGUUUCUAAAAUUUUUUUAUUAUUGAUGGAUAUUUACAUACAUUCAUAUUUAUAUAGCCGAACACUAUUGCACCAUCAAAUGAAUUUCAAAAUGAAACGGUAUGCCGAAUUGCGUAGCUGCGAACAGUUACGUGCAAGAACACAAAGCAUGACACCCGAACACAAGAACGAGCAAGGUUUCUUCGUCUUUUCUGAAAACAGGUCCUCGUGUGAACACAGUCUAACGAGCCAUCUUAGAGCCAGUGACCUACAUGCUCUCAUAUCUAGUUCAAACACUCAAGACGGCAAGCGAUCCUGCUCAUACUUACAUACUAAAUUCCUGUUCACAACAAAUACAAAGAUAAAAUCUAAAUGGAAUAAUCUUCUUAUUUUGAGAUAUUAUUAAAAACUUAUGACUACAUUCGUUGAAUUAAAUAACUAAAAUUCAGAUUGAAUACGAAAUCAUAGUUAACAAUAGUAAAAAACAAAUGCUCACAUUAAUUGCGC